UACAUAAGUAAAUUAUUGCAAUGUUUUGAAGGAAUUUGAGACAACAAGGCUUCAAGUCAUUAAAGAUGCCCAUUUAAAAUGCUUAAGCAAAUGAGCAUCUGAUGGGCCUAAUCAGAUAAAAUGUAUACUCAGAAAAGCAAAGUGGGUGCUCUCUCCCGCGAAAUAAUCACGGGCCCAAGGCGCACAAAUGUACCUCGCCAAAGUGCUUUCAGUCCCGAAAUUUAAUUGCAAAACUAAUGUAAGCAGGAAUAAACUCAAGAAGAAAUAUUUUUCUGAUAUUUUUCCUAUUUAUUCUGUAGGCCUACGGUUAUUAUUUAUAAUAUAAUGCCAUUAUCUAACAGUCUAGGACUGAGCUUAUUUGAAACCAAUGAAUUUGUAACGCGGUCUGAUAACCUGUCAACUCAUUGUCGCGAAGAAUCAUCCAAUUAACGUGACAAAAGCGGAACUUUCAGAAAUGAGCCUCUUUCGAAAGCGCCAUUAGGCUAUACGUUUUCGUAUUUAGUUCUGCCAGUUGCUGAGAUUAUUUUUACUUUGACAGAAAUCUGUGUUGGAGUUAAAAUGUUAAUAAAAAGCUGUUUUGAUAAUAGGCUACCUGCUGAGAAAAAGUUGAACCAUCGCCAGGUGUGCUAUGAGAAAUUUCUUUAACACGUUUUGCUUUCUCUGAAACCACUGGCGAAUGCCUAACUUCUCUUUAUUUACAUGCUUUUUAGAGGAAAAAGGGUGCAUUUUCUCAUUUCUUGGGGUCGUUUUAUAGUCGGCUGGCCAUAAAAUCUGUCAUGUAUAGGCUCUAAUGGUCCGUCAGAUUGUGGGCGGAGUCUGUGUGACGUCAGGACGCAUAGAGCAGCUCGGUUGGACGGAUAGAAAGACAGCUGAAAGGAAGAGCGAGCGCUGUGAUGUGCAGCAGUGUGUGUGUGUGUAUGCAAGUGGAUAUAAUAUCACAUACCUGUCCCUGUCACUCUGGCUAUCCUUGUAGCUCUCGGCAGAAACCGAGAUAUAUUUUACUCAUUUGAAACUAUAAAAAAAAAAAAAAAAACACCUUUAACUCUCUUCAGCACUGGGUUUAUUUUAUUACGAUUAAACCGUUUGAGGAGUAUCGCUUCGAGCGGUUUAAGUGAGAAAGGAGCACUGACAACGCUUGCCGAUACUUCACUACUGGACACGUUCAUUUCUUUUUUUUUUUUUCUUUUUUUUUUAUAUAUAUAUAUUUGUGACCUUCGCUGAGGAAGUUAUAUCUGCUUGCAAACCCUCCUCAAAUCGUUUGUGUUAUCCAUGACCUCUAUGAAGGAUCCGCUGAGUUUGGAUCACCAUCACCGCGUUACCGGGAGUAAACACACGCCGCUUACGAUGGCCUCUAGUCUGCAGCCGCUCCAGCGGUCUGUGGACUCGAAACACAGGCUGGAGGUACACACGGUUUCUGACACCUCCAGUCCAGAGUCCGUAGAGAAAGAGAAGGGGCAGAGUAAAAACGAAGAUUCGACUGAUGACCCAUCGAAAAAGAAGAGACAGAGGCGGCAACGAACGCAUUUUACUAGCCAACAGCUCCAGGAACUGGAGGCCACUUUUCAGCGGAAUCGCUAUCCGGACAUGUCCACAAGAGAGGAGAUCGCUGUUUGGACUAAUUUAACAGAGGCCAGAGUCAGAGUGUGGUUCAAGAAUCGACGGGCAAAAUGGAGAAAAAGGGAGAGGAACCAACAGGCCGAGCUGUGUAAAAACGGUUUCGGCCCUCAAUUCAACGGACUUAUGCAGCCCUACGAUGACAUGUAUCCCAGCUAUACUUACAACAACUGGGCUGCAAAGGGGCUCACGUCGGCCUCUCUGUCAACCAAAAGCUUCCCCUUUUUCAAUUCCAUGAACGUCAAUCCGCUGUCGUCUCAGACUAUGUUCUCCCCACCUAACUCCAUCUCUUCAAUGAGCAUGUCCUCUAGUAUGGUUCCGUCUGCGGUCACCGGCGUGCCCGGAUCAAGCUUAAACACCCUCAAUAACUUGAAUAACCUCAGCAACCCCUCUCUAAAUUCGGGGGUUCCCACGCCGACGUGCCCUUACGCCCCACCGACACCACCGUAUGUUUACCGGGACACUUGUAACUCCAGUCUUGCCAGUCUGAGACUGAAAGCCAAGCAGCACUCGAGUUUUGGAUACGCCAGCGUGCAGAAUCCGGCCUCCAAUCUUAGCGCCUGCCAGUACGCAGUGGAUAGACCGGUGUAAGAGACGAUUGUAGAAUUUACAAUCCCGAAUCCCAGGAACGAGAGACUACACUUUUUGUUUCAAGGGCACUAGAAGAAUAAACCACUGAAACGCGUCCAAUCCUGUGAUGGAAUGUCAAGCGGGAACGGAAGGCAAACGCGCCAUUUCUAAUAGCCUAAGAUUAGUUCUCUACACUAAGUCCACACAAGCCAGUGAAGAGUUUAGGACACCAGAAUAUAAAACAACAACAACAAAAACCUUUAUUUUGACGUUUCAACUUUUGGACAGUAAUUGACUGAACGGUUGUAUAUAUGCUAUAAAUAUAUCUUAAUAUCAUCUCCAAUUUGUAGAGGCGAAAGCUCUAACUCUUAAGUAUUUACAAGAAUUCAGUUUAACACAGCAUGUGGAAAACGUACAGGAAUCAUGUCUUGCUUGCGAUCAAGGGAAUGUACAUACUAAACGCACCAGUCGUGUGUGUGAUAUUAUAAAUUUAUUAAAUGUCUGUGUGAAUAUAGAUCUAGAAUAGCAACCCUGGGUAAUAAUACAAAACUGUUUAGGCGAAAUGAACUUGGUUUUUGCUCUGUGUAUAAUAUUUGGUACGGAAUUUUUGGUUCGCUUUUCAACAUCCCAAAAAUAAACUAUUGUGUUUUAUUUAAUGGAAGUAAAUAUAUUGUUCUAAAACAUUUCAAAACGUUUUCUUCACAAUUUUUGCAUUCUCAUGCGUGUAGCACACAUUUGUUUUCUUUGUGGCACUUCUAAGGUUUAUAGAGAGAGAAGGAAUGAAAACGUAUCUAAUACACAUCAACGUGACAUGAGAAGUCCGGUGAAGAGGGCGAGAUGUCCCGAGCAGAUUAGUGGAAUAUACAAGACUGACUGGAGGCUGGGCCUCCAGUGAUCAGCGAUGCUUGAAAUAACAUUGCAAUAAGAUCGGGCCAGGCUGGACCACACAUCACUGAGCCAUCUCCCAGCUGAACUCCUUCAAAUAAAUAAAUAAAUAAAUAAAUAUGAUGUGAUACAUGAUGGACCAGUAAUAAGCAAAUCGGAUCAGUUGGUAAAGU